AUGAACUUGCCGCCCGACAAAGCCCGGCUGCUGCGGCAGUACGACAACGAGAAGAAGUGGGAGCUCAUCUGCGACCAGGAAAGAUUUCAAGUGAAGAAUCCACCCCACACGUACAUCCAGAAGCUGAAGGGCUAUCUGGACCCGGCUGUGACCAGGAAGGUGAGCAGCGUCCGGUUUCCUCUCGCCCGUCCCUCGUUCCUCCGUGAGGAUGCUCCCGGGCUUAACUUUGGGUGUAUCCUGGGUCGACAGUUACAACAGCCUUUAAAACACACCAACAAGAGGCAGCGAGGGCGUAGCAGAUCCUACCGCUGGCUGGCCCUGCCUUGUCCCAAACACCCGCCGCCUUGUGUCGCCGUGCAGUUCGCUGAGAAAUUCAGAAGGCGAGUUCAAGAGUCUACGCAGGUGCUCCGAGAACUGGAAAUUUCUUUGAGAACGAAUCACAUCGGGUGGGUCAGGGAGUUCCUGAACGAAGAAAACAAGGGCCUGGACGUUCUGGUGGAGUACUUGUCCUUUGCACAGUACGCAGUGACGUUUGACUUUGAAAGUUUGGAGAACAACGUGGAAAACUCGAUGGACAAGUCCAAGCCUUGGAGCCGGUCGAUCGAGGACCUGCACCGAGGCAGUAAUUUACCCUCGCCGGUCGGCAACAGCAUCUCCCGCUCUGGCAGGCACUCGAACUUGCGGUAUAGCACCUUGCCAAGCCGCAGAACGCUGAAGAAUUCCCGAUUAGUGAGUAAAAAAGACGACGUUCACGUCUGCAUCAUGUGUUUACGGGCCAUAAUGAAUUACCAGUAUGGAUUCAACAUGGUCAUGUCGCAUCCACAUGCCGUUAAUGAAAUUGCACUAAGUUUGAACAACAAGAAUCCCAGGACAAAGGCCCUCGUCUUGGAGCUUCUAGCAGCUGUUUGCCUCGUCAGAGGAGGGCACGAGAUCAUCCUCUCCGCGUUCGAUAACUUCAAGGAGGUGUGCGGAGAGAAGCAGCGCUUUGAGAAGCUGAUGGAGCACUUCCGAAAUGAAGACAACAAUAUAGACUUCAUGGUGGCCUGCAUGCAGUUCAUCAACAUCGUCGUCCACUCGGUGGAGGACAUGAACUUCAGAGUCCACCUGCAGUACGAAUUUACCAAGCUCGGCCUGGACGAGUACCUGGACAAACUGAAGCACACGGAGAGCGACAAACUGCAGGUGCAGAUUCAGGCUUACCUGGAUAACGUUUUCGAUGUGGGAGCGUUACUGGAGGAUGCUGAGACCAAGAACGCAGCCCUGGAAAGGGUUGAAGAACUGGAAGAAAACAUUUCCCAUUUGUCUGAAAAACUCCAAGACACGGAGAACGAAGCCAUGGCGAAGAUUGUGGAACUGGAAAAGCAGCUCAUGCAAAGGAACAAGGAGCUGGACGUGAUUCGGGAAGUCUACAAAGAUGCAAAUACCCAGGUUCACACCUUGAGGAAAAUGGUGAAGGAAAAAGAAGAAGCCAUCCAGCGACAGUCAACGCUGGAGAAAAAGAUCCACGAACUGGAGAAGCAGGGAACCAUCAAGAUCCAGAAGAAAGGUGAUGGCGACAUCUCUAUCCUGCCUGUUGCUCUGGCCUCCGGGACGGUGCCGGCAGCGUCAGAGGCCGUGGCUGGCAACUCUCUUGCACCGGGCGCUGGAGCUGCACCUUCGGUACCGUUGCCGCCACCUCCACCACCUCCACCUGCCUUAGCAGCAGCGUCUGAGACGGCCCCGCCGUCGGCACCCCCCCUGCCCGGGACAGCCUCUCCCACCGUGGUGUUCAACUCGGGGCUGGCAGCUGUGAAAAUCAAGAAGCCGAUCAAGACCAAGUUCCGCAUGCCGGUGUUCAACUGGGUCGCCCUCAAACCCAACCAGAUCAACGGGACGGUCUUCAACGAAAUAGAUGACGAGAGGAUCCUGGAGGAUUUAAAUGUGGACGAAUUUGAAGAAAUCUUCAAAACAAAAGCCCAAGGUCCAGCCAUUGAUCUUACUUCAAGCAAGCAGAAGAUAACUCAGAAAGGGUCCAACAAAGUCACGUUACUGGAUGCCAACAGGGCCAAAAAUCUCGCCAUUACUUUGAGGAAGGCUGGAAAGACGGCAGAUGAAAUAUGCAGAGCUAUUCACGUGUUUGACCUGAAAACGUUGCCGGUGGAUUUCGUCGAAUGCCUGAUGCGGUUCCUGCCCACCGAGAACGAAGUGAAGGUGCUGCGGCUCUACGAGCGGGAAAGGAAACCCAUCGAGAACCUGUCCGACGAAGACCGGUUCAUGAUGCAGUUCAGCAAGAUCGAGAGGCUGAUGCAGAAGAUGACCAUCAUGGCUUUUAUAGGCAACUUCGCAGAGAGCAUCCAGAUGCUGACGCCGCAACUUCACGCAAUAAUAGCUGCGUCGGUCUCAAUAAAGUCAUCCCAAAAGCUGAAGAAGAUACUGGAGAUAAUCCUGGCGCUGGGAAACUACAUGAACAGCAGUAAGCGCGGAGCCGUGUACGGAUUUAAGCUCCAGAGCUUGGACCUGCUCCUAGAAACAAAGUCGACAGACCGAAAGCAGACCCUGCUGCACUACAUUUCCAACGUGGUCAAGGAGAAGUACCAGCACGUAUCCCUCUUCUACAACGAGCUGCAUUACGUGGAGAAGGCUGCUGCAGUGUCUCUCGAAAACGUCCUCCUGGACGUGAAGGAGCUGCAGAGGGGCCUGGAUCUGACGAAGCGCGAGUACACCAUGCACGACCACAACACGAUGCUGAAGGAGUUCAUUCAGAACAACGAGGGGAAGCUGAAGAAGCUGCAGGACGAUGCCAAAAUAGCCCAGGAUGCCUUCGAUGAUGUUGUGAAGUACUUUGGGGAGAACCCCAAGACGACCCCCCCCUCGGUCUUUUUCCCGGUGUUUGUCCGGUUUGUGAAGGCCUACAAGCAAGCAGAAGAGGAGAAUGAGCUGAGAAAAAAACAGGAACAGGCCUUAAUGGAAAAACUCAUGGAGCAAGAAGCGUUGAUGGAGCAACAGGACCAAAAGUCUCCCUCACACAAAACAAAGCGGCAGCAGCAAGAGCUGAUCGCAGAGCUGCGGCGGCGGCAGGUCAAGGACAACAGGCACGUCUACGAAGGGAAGGACGGUGCUAUCGAGGACAUUAUCACAGCCCUAAAGAAGAAUAAUAUCACUAAAUUUCCAAAUGUUCACUCGAGGGUAAGGAUUUCUUCUAGCACACCGGUGGUGGAGGAUACACAGAGCUGGGGAUCCACGGCCCCUGGGCUGGUGACCGGCUUCACGCCCUCUCUCCGUUGUGGCCCUUUCUCCUCCGAGUUUCGCCCCAGCUAG